AAUGAGCAGCGGCCACGGCAGGAGCGAGACCGAGAGCCCUGGAAUGAGCUUGAGUGACCGCCCGCGAGCGUUGUUGUGCUGAGUCUGAGUGACCGACUGGCUGCUCGCUAGAGACUAACCGAAAACCCUGCACUGAGUCUGAGUGACCGCCCGCCAGUGACUGACCGAGAGCGUUGGACUGAGUCUGAGUGACCGACCGAGAGCAUUGGACUGAGUCUGAGUGACCGACCGACUGCGAGCGCUGGACUUGAGUCUUGAGUUACCGCCAGUGAGUGACUGGCCACCAGCGCUCGGCUAUUAAACCAGGGCCCAGCUCCAGACCCGCGGCCUCACUUGUCCAGCCAGGUGAACCUCAGCGCUUAGUAUGAAGCUCAGGAGCAGGGAGACGGGGCUGCUUCGUGUGUUCGGUAUCUUCGGGCCUUUGCUGGUCACUGUCAAUGCUCUCUAUUCAGCAAGUGAUGAUGUUGUGGAACUGACCCAAAGUAACUUCAACACACAAGUUAUUCAAAGUGAUGAACUCUGGAUGGUGGAGUUCUAUGCACCAUGGUGUGGGCAUUGUCAGAAUUUGGCCCCAGAGUGGAAAAAAGCUGCAUCUGCCUUGAAGGGAAUAGUAAAAGUUGGGGCAGUGGAUGCAGACAAACAUCAGUCUCUUGGUGGACAGUAUGGCAUUCAGGGAUUCCCAACUAUCAAGCUAUUUGGAUUAAAUAAGAACAAACCGGAUGAUUAUAAUGGUGCCAGAUCAGCUCAAGGAAUCACAGAUGCAGCCCUUAACUCUUUAAGGUCAAUCAUCCGGGAUAGACUUGGAGGCAAGGGUGGCUCAAGUUCUUCUGGCAAAAAGAGCAGUGGCAGUGGAUCAGGUAAAAAAGAUGUGAUUGAUUUGACUGAUGAUACCUUUGACGAAAACGUGAUUGGCAGCAGUGACAUUUGGAUGGUGGAGUUCUAUGCGCCAUGGUGCGGGCACUGUAAGAGGUUGGAACCUGAGUGGGCAGAGGCAGCCUUUGAGGUCAAAAGUCAAACUGGUGGAAAGGUGAAAUUGGCAGCAGUAGAUGCCACAGCUAAUCAACUGAUAGCUGGCCGGUACGGGAUCCGUGGAUAUCCCACUAUCAAGAUAUUUCACAAAGAUGAGGAUGCCCCAUAUGAUUAUGAAGGUGGAAGAUCAAAGAGUGAUAUUGUUGCUCGUGCUCUUGAGUUGUUUGCUGAAAAUGCACCAGCUCCAGAACUGCAUGAGAUUACUGAUGAAGGGAUCCUGAAGAAGACUUGUGAUGACCAUCAGUUAUGUAUCGUUGCUGUACUGCCACAUAUCCUGGAUACAGGGGCUUCUGGGAGAAAUGAAUAUCUGGCAGUAAUGAAGACUAUGGCAAGCAAAUACAAAAAGAAGUUCUGGGGUUGGCUAUGGACUGAGGCAGGUGCUCAGGCAGAACUUGAAGAUUCUUUGGGCAUUGGUGGCUUUGGUUACCCAGCUAUGGCUACAAUUAAUGCCAGGAAGAUGAAAUAUGCUCUGCUGAAAGGCUCAUUUAGUGAACAGGGCAUCAACGAGUUUCUUAGAGAGCUGUCAGUUGGAAGAGGCUCGACAUCGCCUGUCAAAGGAGCUGCAUUCCCCAAAAUUAACUUAGUAGAUCCAUGGGAUGGCAAGGAUGGUCAGCUGCCAGCAGAAGAGGACAUUGAUCUAAGUGAUGUGGAUCUUGAGGAUUAUGACAAAGAUGAGCUGUGAGCUGACAGUCUUCCCAAUUAUUGGCAGACAGUAACCUUUUGAAGUAUUGAACUGGUCAUCUGUCUGCAUUGAGGCCUUGUGUCGUUGUUCUGGCUCAUUGUAUUUCUACUGUGACCUGUAAAUAUGUUUCACUGGGGUUUUUUCUAUUUAAAGAAAAACAAAAUUGAAUGUUGCAGUUAUGUUUGAAAUUUUCCAGCUAUUUUAAGUAAACUGAUUUACCAGACAGGCAGCCGUUUGUCAUACCAGUUCCACUGAGAUAAUUAUUUGAACGGAUUCUUAAAUUUCUUUUGAGGGGGCGAGAUGCAAACCUGCAUAAUUCAUUUUGAAAUCUCUACAUGUAUUUGAGCAAUCCUUAUUUCCAAAGAAUGUAACCUGUUCUGCAUAGGACAAGUAAAAUCAUGGUGAUUACACUAUUAAAUGGGACUGAUCAUUUGGAGCUUUAGAUAGUUGACACUUUUCUUGGGAAGGUGGAUUUCGUGGAAUAAGUUUGGAGAUUCAAAUAGCAAAAAUGAGUUUUCUUGGGGAGUGGCUGGAGGGAGAGACUGGUGAUUUGACCUUCACUGAAACUGUAUUCCAGAGGCUCGUCUCUACUUUUAAACGCACAGCACAAUGUCACAUGAUUGAUUGAUUGAUUUGUUGUCUGACAAAUAUGCUCAAUACGGUUUUGCUAAAAUGCAAAUAAUUGUAAACAUGUAUAAAUCAGUUAUUAUGGGUAUAUGCCACAGAAUCAUUUUUCUGAUAUUCAGCCUUGCAAUUAAUGAUUGAGUAUCAUCAUAAUCUAGUACCAUGAAAUGUUUACAGUUCUGAAAAGUUUUAUAUGUUUAGUCUUCUGAUUUUGUUGAGGUUGAAGACUUCAUGAUAAUACAUUUGUGUCUGUGUUUGUAUGUUUGUAGGCUCGGUUUGUCUAUAUAAAGUUCUGAGUUUCGUUUUUGCAGUGGGCGGUAUUAAAGAAAAAGGUUAGCAUGUAUCAAUGUCCUACAACCUCCACCUCCAUAAUAGCUGUUACUACUUCUGAAAACUGUGUAGGGCACACUUGUACUUGAAACUACCAUUAGAGGUCACCAUUCUCUGAAAAUGUGGAGUAAGUGAAACAUGGAGAAACCAUUUUUAGCUUUGAUCUACAGUAUCCUCCAAAUUAGAAUUGCAUUUCAAUUAGUUUACUGUUGUCUGUUUUUAAAUGCUAUGAUUGAUAGGAGCCUAAUUUUCAGGAUAACGAGGGGAACAUUUAGGGUUUUAAUCCAGCACCUGCAGAUUUGAGUCAACUUGAACCAAGCAUGGCCUUCCAUUUUGUAUGUCGAACUCUUCUCCCACAUGUACACACAAAACAGUAACACAAUGAUGGGCAACCAAUAGUGCUCAACAAUAGAGGCAUAUCCUCAUUUGUGCGCUAGGAUGUGGUUGUUGAGAGGUGGCUCUGGAGAGAAAAGAAGCUUCCUGCAAUAGGAACAGGAUUCUUUUAGCUUCUGAUACUUCAUGUAAAUAUAAAAAUCUUUGGGCAAUUAUUAUAGCCACAAAUACAUGAGCUUUUCUAAAACAUUGAACUUAACUUGAUUAAGUAAUUCCAUUUUCUCCAUAUUACUAGUGUUUGCCUGUGAAAGAAUUGCCGGUUUGAACCACUCCCCUUCGUAAUACAGUGGUUAUUUUCAUGAGGCAGGACUUAAAUAAAAUUUCUUUUGUUCUUCAAAA